AUUCCCUGCCUGGUCAGGGACCAAUAAUGUAGGCGCCUGCUUACUUACCUGCGAUUUGUUUGUGCCAUUGCCCUGGCCAUGGAGGGAGAGGAGGCGCGGACUGCUGCCAAGGAACAAACCACUUCCUGUGCCGUACCACGCAAUUAAGCCCUGGCGCAAAGCCAGAGUCUGCUUGCGGCGACAGAAUUCGCAUGACCAAGCAUUUUCGUCGAUGGUCUUUAUUAUUGCUGGGUGUGCCGACCGCAUCGGACGAGCACCGCCAAUGCGCGUUUUGGGCAGCCGGAGUAACACCCACCUUCCAUUCCACCUCAGUUGUCUAGAUCUGGCGCCCGGAAUGUUUGAACUUGACAUCAUGUUUUCAGUGCAAACAAACUGCCCACAACUCGAACAAUUGGCGGGGGAGAGGUCAUGCUAGUAUGUUAGGCGCAGGCGGCAGCUCUCGCCCGAAUGCAGCGUACCCUUCUGAACGCGAUGUGCAAGAGAUGAAGCGAAAGGACCGUCACUCGUCAAGAAGGCGACACGAAGCCACUAGCGAGACAGGAGGAGCCCAGAUUUUACAACGCUGUACGUUGAACAAGCACAACUCUCAAAAUAGAGCAGCAACAGCAUAUUAGGCUCUGGAGCCUUUCCCAAGCUGUUGCUAGGCUUCGGCAUCGGUGUCUCCGAGCGCUGGCAUACGGUAGUCGCCCAAGAGUUCGUCGCCGAUAGCGCAUCUGUUUUCUAAGCAGUCUCCAGAGCACUCACUGUAGAUUGAGCUGGGACGCUCUCUUCAGCAAACUGGUUCAGGCGUGUGCGGGUAUGUAUUGCUCUUGUGGCCUUCUUUUCAUUUCAGGUGCCCGAGCUCUGCAAAUAACGUUCGGAGGUUCGCCGCCGCGCGGGGACGACUUUGGUGUGUUUUUUCCACACAUGCGGUCGUCUCGACGUCAACAAGGGUCUUGUAUGAUCUGCUGGCAUGUGGUCAUCCGUACUCGGCCGUCGCAAAGAUUUGCCUGCAAGCCCAAACCUGGUGGGUAUCAGACCACAUUUGCGUAAUUGCUUCGCUUCGCCAGAUAUGCGUUCAUGGCCACUGGACGCUCGCAGUGCUACCUUGUGUGUUCCAGCUUUGACGGCGCACUGGCAGGUAGCGUGGCAUGCACCAUGUUGCAAAAUACCUCGUCCUGCGCCUCAGCUGAGCCAUCAUGCAGUGACAUUCUCUAGGAUGUCCCCGUGGAUAGGAGAGGCCUUCAGACGAAUCUGUUAGGGUGACUAUGGGUUUGCGACGAAAUGAUCGCUUUUUAUUUGUUGUGUCACUUUUCUCCGAUCGUCGGUCGCGAGCUCACUGAAGUGCCCAUGGCGGAUUUUCUCUGCAGGGUGGUGAUAAUCCCUGACAACUUGAAGCAGUGGGAGAUCUGGGCUCUGGCUGUAAUAUCUAUCUUUAUUAUCGAGCAUUUAUUAGAUGAUUAUGCGCCCCCCAUCGGAUGAGAGGCAUCGACAUAUGCCAGCCACCAAGGAUUUGCCCACCCAGGACUAACGAACUGAACCCCGCCGCGCAGACAUCAUCAUGCCACUUUGUAAACAAAAUUCGACGAAGUCGCACAAGGCCGACCCAAUGGUGGGUUGCACGGGCGGAACUGAGGGGAGCGAUCCCUGCAAAUAAUGCACGCGUUUUGACUGCAGCAGCUCGUCUAUGCCUGCCUGCCUCUGCCCGCCCACCACUGACACCCCGCAGACACUGCGCCAACUGAAGCCUCCCUCUUGUGUGUUUUUGGCUCUCCCGUUGGUCCUGGCUCUUCCACUGGCCCUUCAUUUGCUCUUUCUUCCCUCCGCCCUCGAAUCAUGCUCCGUAUUUCCGACAGAAGGGGAAGUGCAUGAGGCGGAAAUGGAUGGUUACAUUUCGGCGAGCUCUGGUACCUGGCCCCGCGGGGUAAAUGCUGGAUGAUGGCCUGAUCCCCGAGAAUAUUCGCCUGAAGGCACCGCAGUCGGGCAGCGUGAGAGGUCCAUGGAAGAGCCUGAGCUCCGAGCAAGAUGCCACAUUGCAUAAGUCCUUCGUUGGAGCUGUGCUAUUACUGGACUAAGCUCGAGAUGCAUCCACGUCCAGCGACCAUUCGUCCUACGCUUCCAGAAUACCCGUUCGCCCACACUUCCCGGCCCACCCGUGACAGGCAGUGCUCGGAUAUGGCCUCAUCCCAGUUCAAGAAGGUCUCCUUACACCCGUCAUGAGACGGGUCACUGGGGUCCGUGUCACUGGGUUGAUUGGCCGACGAAGCAUAGUCGGUCCAUAGGAUACCGAUCUUCAGAGAGCCACCGGCCAUGGGCUGGACGUUCGAUCUGUUGAGGGGUUUCCGCUCAUCCUGAUUUCUGAGCGUGGAAAUGACUGUCGAUAUGUGGGCACGACGGGUCAUCGGAGGGGUUGAUCGAGCUUGUCAAUCGUCUACAUAAACAGCCCUCCCUCCCUCACCCUACGAGGUCAUCUUCUUAUCAGACAAAGGACAUCUUCAGCCCAGCCCGAUCUAUACAGCAGCCCAAUUCAUAGAAUUGCUCAUUAUCAAAACUCAAACAAGCCGUCAACAUGUCCUCUCCCAAGAUCCCUAGCGAGCAAUGGGCUCAAGUCAUCGACAAGGUCGGUGGCCCGCCACAAUACAAGAAGAUCCCAGUCCCAAAGCCGGGCCCUGAGGAAGUCCUCAUCAACAUCAAAUACUCGGGUGUGUGCCACACCGAUCUUCAUGCCAUGAACGGUGACUGGCCCAUCCCGACCAAGCUGCCUCUUGUCGGUGGCCACGAGGGUGCCGGUAUUGUCGUCGCCCGUGGCGAGUUGGUGACAGACGACAUUUGCAAGAUCGGUGAGGCUGUUGGCGUCAAAUGGCUUAACGACUCUUGCUUGUCCUGCACUUUCUGCCAGCAGGCCGAUGAACCCCUCUGCCUUACCCCGAAGCUUUCCGGCUACACCGUCGACGGAUCCUUCCAGCAGUACUGCAUUGCCUCCGCACGACACGUCGCCCACAUUCCCGAGGGCGUUCCUCUCGAUGAGAUUUCUCCGGUUCUCUGCGCCGGUAUCACUGUCUAUAAGGGUUUGAAGGAAUCAGGCGCACGACCUGGUCAAACGGUCGCCAUUGUCGGUGCCGGUGGCGGGUUGGGUGCUCUGGCACAACAAUAUGCGAGGGCCAUGGGUCUCCAUACCAUCGCCAUCGAUAGUGGUGACGAUAAGAAGAAACUGUGCGAGGAGAUGGGUUCCAAGCACUUCAUCGACUUUGCCAAGUCGAGCGACAUCGCUAAAGAUGUCAAGGCUGCCACCAAGGACGGCCUGGGCCCGCACGCUGCCAUCUUGGUCGCUGCCAGCGAGAAACCCUUCCAGCAAGCUGCCGAAUACGUCCGCCCCCGAGGCUGCGUCGUCGUUAUCGGUCUCCCGGCCAAGGCUUACAUUCGAGCACCGGUGUUCGAGUCAGUGUUGAAGAUGAUCAGAAUCCAGGCCUCGUAUGUUGGCAACCGACAGGACAGUGCGGAGGCUCUGGACUUCUUUGCCCGUGGAUUGAUCAAGGUACCGUUCAAGACGGUGGAGUUGAAGGACCUUCCCAAGGUCUACGAUCUGAUGCACCAAGGCCAAAUCGCUGGACGAUAUGUGCUGAAGAUGCCAGACCCAGAAGUCUAGAUGGCUGCCCAGUAUAGCUGAGCCAAUCAAUGGUCGGCAGGUGGUACGAAGGUCACGACCUCCUAGUUAGGACUACGAUACAAAACAUUUGAAUGAAUUGAACCCAGACUACAACAUGUGUGCGUGCGCGCAACUUGAAUGACGCCGAGAAGAAUAAAUGUGUUGUCCAAACCUUGCAAGUGAUCUGCAUGAUCUGAUCUGACACUCGGUCACGGCACGGAAGCGAAGCCGAGCGUAUAUGCAACCGAUCCUGACCCCGCCACGCACCGUAGCGACACUCCACGGCUGGGCUGUACCAUAAUACGAGAAGCGGGAGAAUCAAAGCUCCAGUAGGAAAGCUCCCCACCAGCUAGGCUUGUGGAAGCAAGCUGAAUUUGAGCGGAGGCGGAGCAGCGAGCAGACAAAACACGAGGUGAUGGCGAUAAAAAUAUAACAUAAUACAGGGGCAGUCAGUCCCUGGGUAGCAGUGACGAUCCUUUGGCCCGUACCGGUUCCCCAGCGUUAGGUAGAACCUGGUACCUCAUACGAGUGAGAAGAUAGCUUGAGCUUAGUCAAAUGAAAUAAACAAUUCACGCACA